CCGCUGCAGAAACUCCAGCAGCUCCAGCGCAGCAGCUCUCGGGUUUUAUUAUUUUCGGCGCGAUGGGUGACAUGGAGGACCCCGAUCGGAGAGGAGACCCCCCGAACCCCUCUGUGGUUUCUCUACUGUUCAGUAAGGACUUCGUCUCCUCCAGAAAAGGACAGCUGCUGAUCGGAGAGGUGGCUUCGUCCUUCAUCAGCUUCGUGUGUUUCUGUGCCUCAUCGGCCGCUGCGUUCGUCACCGCUCCGCUCGUCUUCUUCCUCUCCGCACUCUUCCUCCUCUUCGCUUAUUCCACCAAAUUUAACCAGCGGUUUAAAGGCUUCCACUGGCCACUGAUGGAUUUUUUGCGCUGUGUCAGCGCCUCCAUCGUCUUCUUCAUCAUCUCCAUCAUGGCAGUGUCAAAGUAUCCAGACGGAUCCUCCAAAGCUGCAGGAGUGUUCGGCUUCAUCGCCACUAUUGUUUUUGCGCUGGAUUUCUAUUUCAUCUUUAAUGAGCUGGCCGAUUUCCUCAAGGGGGGCGGCUCCCACAACGAGCCUCAGAACACACAAGAAGCAGAUUCAGAUUCUGACUCAGACUGAAGCUGCGGUCACAGGGGACCCGCGAUGGAUGACCACUGAAGUGCCUGAAGGAGAACUACAGGGCCUGUAUCCAGGCUCAUAUAUAGCUAUUCAUUAACCAAAGAGCAGUAUUUUCCCAAAACUUUAUAAAUCAAAGCAUUUCAAACUAACAUUUACGCCUGUUGUGCCUCAUCGAGUGGAACCGAGUAUGUAUCUGUAUGUGUGCUGCAGUUUUAUACCUGUGAUGUUUAUCUUCAUAUUGGGUGUGUUUUAUGCUGUGGUUUAUGCUUUAUUUUCUUUUUUAUGUGGGUACUUUGGUUGACUUUCUUUUGUGAGUAAUUUACACAACUGACCAUAAAAUAGUAGUGAGAUUUCCUUUUAUUCUUUGUACCAAAAUGGAGUUUACAUGAACUGUGAUGCGGACAGCAGGGUGGCUGGUCUCAUCCAUCUGUCCAGCUGCCAUACGUUCAUAUAUAUAUUUGUGUGUGUUUGUUUGUGUGGGUGUGAUAGCACUGUUUUGUGAUGAGUUCACUGCAAACAAAUGUUUUCAUGGCAAGUGAAAUCACCAUGAAAUGGGGGAAGUCCAUCGAUCUUCCAAAAUUCCUGCAUAAUUAAAUGGUUGAGAUGUAAAGAAAGUCAUUCAGAGCUGGGUUACUGUAGUUUUUACAUUUUUAAUUUAAUUUUAUUUUUUUGUUUAUUUUCUGAAAAGUCAUAGUUUUAGUUUUACUUUAGUUUCAGUUUUAGUUUAUAAUAUUAUGAUGUACGCUGUGAUAGCAGGUAUUUGAUAAGAGUAGAAUAAAUGAACACAGCAGCUUUCCUUAUAGACAAACACAGAAACACACUCAAAAACUGAAACUAAAGCGUUUUAUUCAGUUUUGCAGUGGACAGUUUUUAGUUUUGUGGUUUUGAAAACUUUUUAUUACAGUUCAUGAACACAUUUUUUCAUUCUUAGUUUUCAUUUUAGUGAGCUAUAAUAACCCUGAUUCAGCGUGGUUUUAGUGUGAAACGCUCCGUUCUAGAGAAACUUACCGAGUCAGAACUGUUCACAGUGGUGGUGAUAGGAACCAGACGUCCACCUCUAAAAGCUCCCUCACAGAAAGUUCCUACAUGAAAUGGUUAUGAAUUCACUGCCUGAUGACUGAGACACUGUUUUAUGAUAGUUUAGAGAACUUAAACUCCAUUCAUGGAGGAGGGAUAUGUAAUAUGCAGGUUGUUGUGAGGCAAAAUAGUCCCCAAAGAAAACUUACUGUUUCAGAUCUUCCACUAUUUUCCAUCAUCAACAUUCCAUAUAAACUCAGAAGACUCGUGUA